CAGGAGGCACCCUCGCCUUAAGGUAUAAGGUCGCGGGUAGCGGCUUGUCCUUUCUUUGCCCCCAGCCUGCCGCCGCCUCCGUCUCCCCUCACUAUGUUACUUCGGCCCCGCGCCAGCCUCCCCGUUUUCCUCCUCCUGCUCCUCGGCUGUGGGACGAGAGGCCGGGAGCAGCAGGAGGAGGAGGAGGAGCAGGCGAGCAAAACCGAAACUCCGCUCCAGGCGCUGCAGAUUGAAACCCUGGUGGCGUCCCCUGAAGGCUGUACGGAGCGCUCGGCGACGGGCGACACUUUGGAAAUCCACUACACAGGUACUCUUGAAGAUGGCCGCAUUAUUGAUACCUCACUCUCCCGUGACCCAUUGCAAGUGGAGUUGGGUAAAAGACAAGUCAUUCCAGGUUUAGAACAGAGUCUACUGGAUAUGUGUGUUGGGGAGAAACGAAGAGUCAUUAUUCCACCUCACCUGGCAUAUGGCAAGCGAGGGUCACCACCAGCUAUACCAGCUGAUGCAGUUCUACAAUUUGAGGUGGAGUUAAUCCGGCUCUCCAGAGCUAGUUACUGGCAGAAGAUGUUCAACAAUAUACUCCCCUUAUUGUGCACUGGGCUCGUCCCAGCACUGCUGGGACUGAUUGGCUACCACCUCUACAAGAAGGCCCAGACGCCCCGAAUACCCAAGAAGAAACUCAAGGAGGAGAAGAAAAACAAGGCCAAGAAGAAAUAAAGUUGUUCCCUAUCUUUUUCA